CCGCACUCCGACCGUGCCGCGCCCCCUCAGCUCAGCUCGCUCCCCUCCAGGCUCCCGCACUGCCGUGCCACCUCGCUAUGGAGGCCGCCGCCGCCUUGUCCCCUCCCCGCGUCGCCCUCGACGCGCGCUCCCUCUUCUCCCCGCCCCGCUCCCUCUCCGCCUCGCCCUCAUCGCAGCUCCGCCUCGCCGCCCGCCCGCGCGCGCUCGCCGCCGCCAGGCCGCGGUUCCUGAGCCCCCACCGAGACCCCGCCGCCGACGGCGGCCGCGGCGCCAGGGAUGUCGUCACGAUGGUGGUGCCGUUCCUGAGGGGGACCGCGUGGGAGCAGCCGCCGCCGGAUUUGGCGUCGUUCCUGUACAAUAACCGGAUCGUGUACCUGGGGAUGUGCCUCGUGCCGUCGGUCACGGAGCUCAUGCUGGCCGAGUUCCUCUACCUCCAGUACGACGACGCCGAGAAGCCCAUCUACCUGUACAUCAACUCCACUGGCACCACCAAGAAUGGUGAGAAGUUAGGUUAUGAGACAGAAGCUCUUGCAGUGUAUGAUGCUAUGAGGUAUGUAAAAGUUCCAAUUUUCACACUCUGUGUCGGUAAUGCAUGGGGAGAAGCUGCUUUGCUCUUAGCUGCUGGUGCUAAAGGUAACCGUGCUGCACUUCCAUCCUCGACGAUAAUGAUAAAACAGCCGAUUGGUCGUUUUCAAGGUCAGGCAACAGAUGUUGACAUUGCAAGAAAAGAGAUCAGAAAUGUCAAGAUAGAAAUGGUUAAGCUGCUGGCAAGGCACAUUGGUAAACCAGUAGAAGAGAUCGCUCGGGAUAUCAGACGGCCUAAGUACUUCAGCCCCAGUGAAGCUGUGGAUUAUGGAAUCAUUGACAAAGUGAUAUACAACGAGAAAAUCCAGGAAGACGGUGGUGUCGUGUCAGAACUCAAAAGAUCAAAUUUGAUAUAGUGUUUUUUUAAACAAGUAGAGACAUUUUUGUAAGUUUAGUGGCGAGUUACAUGCGUUUGUGUAUUGGUUAGUAUUUGCCAUUCAUUAGCUGGCUAUAGAGCACAUAACUGGAUAGCCAAUGCAAUGCACAAGCGUUUCUUUGAACCUUACUAUUUCAACCGGUACUGCCCUUGACCGGUUGCCCCAAUAGGCGUGCUUAUUGGCGAAUUCUAACUCUUGGUCUUAACCAAGUUGCUCUCUUCCCCAAAAUGUGCCAGCAAAUCAGAGCGGGACGAAGAACGCAAGGUGCAGGCACAAUGGGAUGGACUGGGCCACUUUGGUCUUGAUUCGGGUAUGGCCGGGUAGGACCAGGACUAGGCAAAUAAAAUUCAUGAUCUGUUUACUUUAAUAAUAUCGUGCAAUUUGAGAGGGAUUGUGGUUGGAAGCAUGUCAGUUUUUUGAAAAUAUACCCCCUCGAGUGGUAUAAACAAAUGCUUUUUGAUAUGUUGUUUGUAUACUAUAUAUAGAUUCAUAUGGGAAGCAACAGGAUUCGUGGUU